CGCACGCCAAUCAGGCAUAAAGGUAAUUCCUUCAUAAUCCGCCUAUAGCGUUGGUGUUGUUUUUGAAAAGACAAUAAAGUUUUAUUAAUAGGUAAGCAUAUUUAUUAUCUUUUCAUUACACUGUUGAAAUUAUGACACUGGUGCAGUCAUUCCUGUGACGUCAGUCAAUGCUUAUAAAAAUACAAAAAUGCCAUGUUAUUUUUUAUAUUUUUGCUCUUGAUUACAAGAAUAGCUUGGUGUAAUCAUGUGGGCAGCACUAUAUUCUACAAAAGGUCCGGGAGAGCUGGAUGCUGGAGUCAGGAGGACAUAGCUCGUUUACGGGCACGGAAAAUUUUCGAAGAUAACAUUAUACCACCAAUCGUCCCACCGCACAAAGUUAACGAUGAAUAUAUAAAGGAGACACUGAAGUAUUUUCGUAAUGCUUUAAAAACCACCGAAACAGGUUUAGAUAAGAAAUCAGCGGUAAUUUUAGAAGAUGUGUUAUUGGACACCAUAGGAGCACAUUUGAGAAGUGAAAUACUACCAGCCGUUAGAUUUGCCUUUUACGCAGGAUACGUUCCCUAUAGAAGAGUAAGAGAAUUGCACGACUUCUACGAUCACAUCAAAAGGUCCCUCAACACGCAAGGCUUGGGGUGGAGAAGACCUUCGACAAUACCGAAACUGUCUAACAUUACCGUUGAAAAAAUUCGUAUAGGAUCUGGGAGACAUUUCACAGAUCCGUGUCUAAGUUUGGUGACAAAAAGAGAUGCGAAUUCUUGUAUUCAUUUGCCGCCUUUAAAAACGGACGACGAUUCUGGACCAACCGCAGUAUCGCUACCUUUUAAAACCGGAGGCUUAGUCAAACUAGUAUCACCGUCUUCGCAAAAUAUCUUGCUGAAAUAUUACACUACCGCUUCGAGAUGCGUAUUGCAUAAUUCGCCUAAAACAUGUCGGCACAACGAUUUUGUGAACUUUAAUAAUGAACUUUGGCAUUGGAUGAAGAGAGACGUCGCCCCGCAUCUAACCGACGAGAAUCUGUAUGCAGCUUAUGGCGGCGUGUUACGUAUAGCCGCCGCUGCUCAAAACUAUGGAAAAGUCUUAUCACGGCGCAACAUUUUCGAAUAUCAGGAUCCUGGAGGGUCCAGAUUCCAUCCAUGGACUUUUUUGAAGCGGUCGUAUAGUAUUAAUGAAUGUUCCAAUGACUAUAACUCAAUUUUUUAUGUCACCGUAAUUAUGAUGAUAGGAUUCUCAAUCUGCUUGAUACAAGUAUGUUGCAGUUACCUUACAGAAGACAACGGAUGUCAAUGCAAACCAUCGCCGAAACAAGCAUCGAGUUGUAAAGACGUCUCGUACGCGAAAGUGGAUUCUAAUAUUCCAGCUAUGUUGCCAAACCAGAACAAUGUAUUUUACGUUGAAGAACAGACUCGAGGCAAGAGAAAUAAGCAAGGAACUUCAUCGCUAGGCUCGAUACAGUCGCAAAGAGUGUACGAUUUGCAUGAGAACACAGAAAAGGUCAUGUCAAUUGUAAUGAAUGAUGAAUCCAGCGAAGAAUCGUCACCACGAUCAAAAAGCAGCGGAGAUGGUUCUGACAUUCUUAACGUGAACCAAACAGCAAGGUCGAAAAGUCCACCGAAGAUAGAUACACCCAUCACUCAAAUACAAAGGAGAGCUCCUAAAAUUAGGGAGCAAACGGCCAUGUUUUCCCCAAGCACUGUUACCAAUUCAGUGUUGACUUAUCAAAGAGGACAAGGAACGGAUUCUUGGUCAGGAAGCGCAAGCUCGACUUCGGCGCAAUCGUUUAGUUCGAUUGGCUCAAAAUCUAAAUGUCGGAAAUCGCGAGCUUCUCGUGACUUGGAGUGGGCACGUCGUGUAGCCUCCAAACAUUCCUUACACGCAAAAUCAUCAGGAACAGAACUGGAUAUGAAUUCGUAUAUAACCCCAAAGUCUCACCGAUGACAAGCAGUAGAUUGUUAUCACUUUGUAGAUAAUGUUUAGAAGUAGUUUACAUAAUUUUUAGGAUAUUUCGUUUUGGAGAAACGUGUAUGAAUUAAGGCAUAUUUAUUUAAGAAAUGUUUAAAAUUUGUAAGGACGUUUAUCAACAUGUUUUAUUUAUACCUACCUAAUAAAUAGUCAACUAAUUCAUUCAAUCAUUUUACAAAACUAUUAUACUAUAUAAUACGUAUUAUGGUCUCGUGCUAAGUUUUAUUUAAAUUCAUUCAGUAGUUUCAGCGUAAUGACCGGUCAACAAAAAUACGGACAGACAGAUAGGCAAAAAUUAAAAAAAAAUGUGUCAAAAUAUCUAUAAAGUUCAGAAUUUGACCUGUUACAGUUUAUUAUAAGUAUAGAUAUAAUAAAGCUUUGCAUGUGCUGAUAAAUAAAAGGUUAUAUUUGAAAAUACUUUGUUUUCAUUCGACCGGUUGUCCUGCCGUGUCGUGCGAACCUCCCUCAAAUUCGAGCUAAUAGGUAGAUGUUGAGAAACACUGGAAGCUUUUUACAAAAUACAUAUUAUACCUACUCAUACGUAGUUUAUAUAUAUACGGAAUAUCUAUUGAAAUUACGGUCUGCAGCUUUGAAAUAUUCAAACCAACAAAAAUACUUACUACUUAUAUCAUUAUCAUCUAUAGGUAGGCACAUACAACCUGCACUGCACCUCAAAGAUAUUCGUAUGUUUUCAUUCUAAGGGUCAUUACAGACUAUAGAGUAAUUUUUGCGCGUAUACGGUCGCUUCAGCAUACGCAUUUACACGCGCGCUAGCGCUACAUUACGCGUUUAAAAAAAAAACGGACUCGCGUAAACGGGCAUAUUUCGGCGUGUUCGCUCGAAACGGCGGUGUCGUGUCAGUAUCUCUGAGAGGUGUCUCUCGCGGCUCGCCCUUAAAUGAGCAUAAAAUCAAAGUGUACAGUGUAUUAUUGGAAACUUAGAAGCACGUCAACGCUCGUACGAGUUGAGCGUGUACCAAAAGGCGCGCCUAUGCGCUUCCAAAAAACGAGCUCAUUCAUACGCGCGAAAAAACGGUAGUCUGACACCGCUCUAAGCAAAACAUCUAUACUAAUAUCAUAAAGCUGAAGAGUUUGUUUAUUAAUUUGUUUGAACGCGCUAAUCUCAGGAGCUACUGGUGCGAUUUGAAAAAAUAUUUCAGUGUUAGAUAGCCCAUUUAUCGAGGAAGGCUUUAGGCUAUGCUAAUAUAUUAUACCCGUAUUCCUAGGGGAACGGGAACCACGCGGGUGAAACCGCGCGGCGUCAGCUAGUUGGUAAAUAAAUAAAAUAAUAACUUAUCUUUGAUAUAUUUUUUAUUUUAUAAAUAGAGGUACAGGUGUCCUACAUAAAUUUGUCAACUGUGAGUAACACAAAAUAAUGGAACAUCAAUAUUACGUAAAUCAUAAAUUAAAAUCUCUAACAAAUUUAUAAACUAUGAAAAUAAA